AUGCCUUACCCACAUUGGAGCCCUAAGGCUGAUGCCCUAUUCGACUGGGUUGCUGGUGGCGUAUGGUGUAAUGAACAGCAACGAUGCAAAAAAUGGAAUAUUGUUUUUAUUAAGACACAUGUAUAUGAAGGGAUUACAGACUUCUUAGACGCCUUUAACAAGUUCAAUCCCUUCGACGAGAAUAAGAAAGAAUUCACUUUUGGAAUAAUCCGACGGCAUGCUACAAAAAAGAUGAUACAGUUGCAAAAGUGUGAAUGGAUUGAAAGGCCCCCCUGGCUUUCAGAGGACGUCUUGAAAGGUCAAUUUGGCGAGGUAGGUCUCAAGGAUUUGCAUGAAUCUACCUCGCGUCUUCGUCGUGCUGCUGGGAGCGAUACUGCUCAGUGGCGGGAAAAGGUCCAAAAACAUGAAUUAAACCUUCAAAAAAGUGAAAGUGUGGCAGCUCAGUACAGGGAUUUUUUUCAGCGAAAAGAAGAAGCUGAGAGGCUCGAAGCUUGUAGGGAGCAAGAAGAAAAGUUACGGGAGCUACAGUUCAGAAAUGGAGUCAAGGAACGAGGUUUUACGAAAGAUGAUGAGUCCUCUGGAGGUUUGUCUUGGACAGACCCUAAUGCUUCCGGUUUUCAUUUACAAACCCCAGAAUUUGAUUCACACGAUGGUGCUUUCAGACCUGGAGUAAAAGAUAGAUGUCUUACUCCUUCUCUUCAACUAGAGACAACGUCAACGGUUCGAAGAUAG